CAUUCCCUUCCCCCCCUCCCCGGCAGCGCGGCCGCGGCUGCUGCUGCUACUACACCGGGUAGGUUUCCAGUCACUAUGGCGGCGGCUGCUGCUGCUGUUGCUGCUGGGAAGGUCGAGGGAAAGUUUUCGUUGUCGGCGUCCGCCUGAGAGGGAGACACCGCUCGGAAGGCGCCCGGCCUCCAGGCCUCUCCCUCGGCGGGAACGGGGCUAAGCUGCGGUAAGCCAGCCAGAGGCGCCUCUCCUCAGGAGGGAAGAAGGAGGGCGCAGGAUCCUCGUUCGCAGCCACCUGCAGAGUCACUGAACGAAGCGCGCCGGCGGAGCGGUCACCGGCCUUCGGCAGGCACCGCGCUCCGCUCCCCAUCCUGGGGAGACUGCGCCGAUACCCUCCUCCGCAGCCAGCCCCCUCCCGGCCACAUAUCCCGCUUCACCUGCAUCGCCUGGAGCGAUCACGGCACUUCUGCUUCCAUCUGCCGCUGUCCCCACCUGGCCAACCAACCUGCUGUCAGUUUACCCCUCUGCUUGACAAGACCACCUCACCCAAUGGCUGGGACACGUUUCCAGGUCUACUGACCCUUAGAUUUAUGGAGAACAAAACUAUAUCCUUAAAGAUCAAAUUCGUGAUUCAGUUGGCACUUGAAUAUUCUAGUCUGGGCCUGUGCUGUGUGGUGAACAGGAGAGCCUACUCAUUAGUUGGGCAGCCUCCCAUUCGUUGCUGUGCAUUGAUCUGUGAAGAAGAUGAACCAUAGACUUCUCCUUGGAUCAGUUAAGCUGUUUUUGUUACAAAGGUGUCCUGGUCAUUCUCCAAUCUUGUAAAUCAGUCUUAUCUUCUGCUUCCCACUCCCUGAGUCUUCCAUUGUUUCUCUUUAUUGAGGAAAAAUCUUGGGCAGUGUUUACGGAAGAGAAUAGAACCGAUUACAUCCCGAACAAGUAUUUGCGUGUGAGUCAUCCAUUUGGAUUUAUAGCCAUCCCCACCUUAAUUUAACAAGAUCUGUUUCUCUUCUGAGUUGUCAGAUGCUUGUUCAUAUUAUUGAGAAAGAUGGAUUAAAGUGGAACUUCUCAGACUUGCUACAGGCCUUAUUACAGGAAACAAUGGGGCUUUUUAACUGGAUUUUUGCCAGCAUUAGUUCACAUACUGAAGGUAUGCAUUGUUAGAUCUCACUUGCAGGUAAUAUUUGUCCUGCUUUAAUGUGAAGUGCUGUGGGAAUUUUGCUUAUCAACUGUGGAGGGUGGCUUGGAUCAAGAAGAGUUUCUCUUCUUUCCUGGUUGGUGUGGCACCACAUAUCUAUCCUCAAUGCCUUCAGCCUUGGCUAUCUUCACUUGCCGCCCGAACUCUCAUCCAUUUCAAGAGCGUCAUGUCUACUUGGAUGAGCCUGUCAAAAUUGGCCGCUCAGUGGCUCGAUGUCGACCAGCUCAGAACAAUGCUACCUUUGACUGUAAAGUCUUGUCAAGGAACCAUGCGCUUGUGUGGUUUGACCAUAAGACAGGAAAGUUCUACCUUCAAGAUACUAAAAGUAGUAAUGGUACUUUUAUAAAUAGUCAGAGAUUGAGCAGAGGAUCUGAGGAAAGCCCACCAUGUGAAAUUCUGUCUGGUGAUAUCAUCCAAUUUGGUGUAGAUGUGACGGAGAACACGCGGAAAGGUAAGGUCACCCAUGGAUGCAUUGUCUCCACAAUAAAACUAUUUCUCCCAGAUGGUAUGGAAGCUAGGCUACGGUCAGAUGUUAUCCAUGCUCCAUUACCAAGUCCUGUUGAUAAGGUUGCUGCUAACACUCCCAGUAUGUACUCUCAGGAACUGUUUCAGCUUUCUCAGUAUCUACAGGAGGCCUUACAUAGGGAACAAAUGUUGGAACAGAAGCUGGCCACCUUGCAGCGAUUACUUGCUGUCACGCAAGAGGCAUCGGAUACUAGUUGGCAGGCUUUGAUAGAUGAAGACAGACUACUAUCAAGGUUAGAGGUUAUGGGAAACCAAUUACAAGCAUGUUCAAAAAGUCAAACAGAAGACAGUUUACGAAAGGAACUUAUAGCAUUACAAGAAGACAAAAAUAAUUAUGAAACAACUGCCAAAGAGUCCCUGAGGCGGGUCCUUCAGGAAAAAAUUGAAGUGGUCAAAAAACUCUCUGAAGUGGAGCGAAGUUUAAGCAACACCGAAGAUGAAUGUACUCACUUGAAAGAAAUGAAUGAACGGACUCAGGAAGAAUUGCGGGAACUGGCUAACAAAUACAAUGGAGCUGUAAAUGAAAUUAAAGAUCUCACUGAUAAACUAAAGGCAGCUGAAGGAAGACAAGAAGAAAUUCAGCAAAAGGGACAGGCUGAGAAAAAGGAACUACAAUAUAAAAUAAAAGAAAUGGAAGAGAGAGAGCAAGAACUUCAAGCGAAAAUAGAGGCCUUGCAAGCAGAUAAUGACUUCACCAAUGAACGGCUAACUGCUUUACAAGUCCGGUUAGAACAUCUUCAGGACAAAGCUCUUAAAGAACACAACAGCUUAGGCAUACAAGUUGAUGACUUCAUUCCUAAAAUUAAUGGGAGCGCGGAAAAAGAGCACUUUCUUUCAAAGAGUGGAGGGGACUGCACUUUUAUUCAUCAGUUCAUAGAGUGCCAGACAGACAAGCUCAUAGACGAAGGACAUCUUUCCAGAGUGGAUGAAACAAAGAUUCUGAAAGAAAAUCAGGCAAAAGCUAAAGAAGCAGAGCUAUCGGACACUCUUAGCCCAAGCAAAGAGAAAAGCAGUGACGACACUACAGAUGCUCAAAUGGAUGACCAUGAACUAAAUGAACCUAUUGCUAAAGUGGCUCUCCUAAAAGCAGAUGAAUUGCAGGGUGCACAAUCAGAAACUGAGACUAAACAAGAAAUACAGCAGCUGCACAAGGAACUGGUUGAAGCCCAAGAGCUAGCUAGGACAAGUAAACAAAAAUGCUUUGAACUGCAAGCUCUGUUGGAAGAAGAGAGAAAAGCCUAUAGACUACAAGCUGAAGAGUCCACCAAACAAGUCCAAGUUCUUCAAGCUCAGUUGCAGAGGCUACAGGAUGAUAUUGAACGUCUUCGUGAAGAAAAAGAGAACGAGAUCUCCAGUACUCGGAAUGAAUUGCUUAGUGCUCAAAGUGAGAUUCUGUUACUGCAGCAAGUGGCAGAAAAGGCAGCAUCAGAAAGGGACACAGAUGUCACUGCGUUGCAAGAAGAGCUUCAGAAAGUAAGGGCUGAACUUGAACGGUGGCGCAAAGAGGCCUCAGAAUAUGAAAAAGAGAUUGUCAGUCUGCAAGCCAGUUUUCAGCUACGAUGUCAACAGUGUGAAGAUCAGCAGAGAGAGGAAGCCGUCCGUUUACAAGGUGAACUUGAAAAGUUGAGAGAAGAGUGGACUGUUCUUGAAGCCAAAUGCCUUUCAUUAAAGAAGGAAAAUUCUUUGCUUGCAUGUGAACUUCAGCGGCAGGAGAAGGAACUACAUAACUCUCAGCAACAGAGUUUGGCACUUACCAGUGACUUGAGUGUUCUUGAACUGACCCGAAAGGAGCUUGAAAAUAAAAUGGGUUCAUUGAAAGAAGAACAUCAGCGAGAUGCAGCAAGUCUAAAAACGCUUCUUAAUGAGGCUGAAAACCAAGCCAAGGAUGCUCAAAAUGAGUAUGAAAAGACACAGACCAUACUCUCAGAUCUGAAGUUGAAGUUUGAAAUCACUGAGCAGGAAAAGCAAUCAAUCACAGAUGAACUCAAACAGUGUAAAGAAAACUUGAAGCUGCUACAAGAAAAAGGAAACCAUCCUUCCAUAUUAUCACCCGUCCCAGCCGUAUUCAUCGGCCUAAUCCUGGCUUUCCUGUUUUGGUGUUACAGCUCAUUGUGGUAGAGAAAGAGACAAUGGCCUUGGAUGCCUGUGAUGGCAGCUUUGGUUGCUGUGACAGCCAUGGUGCUGUACCCAGGCCUAACCAGAGCUUCUCCAUGAGAACUGUUGUUGAAUCCAUACACCGUCCUCCCUUUAGAAGCUGGCAUCACUCAUAUACAGGGGGAAAACAGAUUCAUCCUGUUCCUUUUUUUACCUCUUAGUACCACAGAGUUUGGCUUCAGAACAGCAGUAGGGUCAUUGCUUUAAACUGUACAAAAUGUAUCUGUCUAUAAAGAGGGAAUAAAAUUAUUACUUUCUAUCGUGAGCAAUAUUGUUGCUUACAAUUUCAUGUAAUUCUUAAGAUAGUACGUUGGAGUUCUAAAUACUGUUAUGGUGGCCUAAAGUAGGCUUCUUGGUACCAAAUUAUUUAUGAUGGUUAGGUGUGUGGAUAUUUUACUUAAGAAUCUGAUUGCCAGAUUGAAAGCAAUGCAUUUAUCUCUGAUUUGGACACCCAUGCCAAAUAUCCUUUCAAUGCGUAGAAGCCGAUGCAGUGUGCUCAGUGCCUUUCAGUUGGACUUUACUUGUACAUUAACAUACCAUUAUUAUUAUUUUUAACUGCUGUGAGUCACUGAGCUAUUGGGAACAAUUUUCUUUUUUCCAAGUCUUCUGGUGGAAACAAAUAUUUUUCUUUAGUAAAGGUCCUAUUUUGAUGACUUGGGAACUAGCGUAAUUCGUUGUCAGCCUUAAAGAGCUCUAGAAGAAACUGAAUGGAAAGCAUCAGUCUAGACUGUUUUUGUGUGCAGGUGUGUGCAUGUGUGUGCCUGAGUGAACUAAGGUUUUUCUGGGAGCAAAAUCUAUCUUGAUUUUCGGAUGGACAUCGUGCAGUGAUCCAACUUUUAGUUUGAAUGUAAUUUAUUAAAUCUCAUGUAUAUAGACACUAUAAAACCCAACGUAUUUUCUCACAUAUCACAUUAUAGAAAGGAUUUUUCCACUCACGUAUUAUAAAAACCAAGCUGGGGAGGUAAUAUUUGUAUCUUUAAUUGUGCUUUCAUUUGCAUAACUUGAUUAUGUGAAGUGCAUGAGAGCUUCUAUUGUUAGGGAACGGGAGAAGAAAAAAUCAAAAUAAGCAAGCCUUCUGGAAGGUUAGGAUAAUCUAAUUGGUCCUCUAUGCAACAACUUAAGCUAGAAGAAUGUGCUGUCAAUGAAUAGAAGCUUUACAUCACAACUUUUAUGGCCUUAAUAUUAAUCUCUCCAGUAAUUGUUGACUUAGGAAUUGGGGCAACUGUAAUUACAACCUUAAUUGAGUACUGGUUUGCACUGCACAACAGCUCUGUUCAUUAAGGUCUAUAAUUAUAUAAAAAUGUAAAGUGAAAUGAUUCAGCUGAUGAAAAAUUCUCAGUAAAAUUCAGUUGGUUUUGAGGAUUUAAUGGCAAUCAACAGAUCUAGUUAAAUAUUUAAAUAGAGUUUUUAGUUUAUAAUUUGCCUUUGAGGUUUUGGGUCAUUUUACUUUAAAGGUUCUGUCUUAAGCUAUUUGGGAUUUGUUAAUGGGAGGAUCAUUUAGAUUUAAGGGAAUGUUAGUCUACAGAUGUAGAGAAUGUCAUUUUUGUUCAUUUCAUGCUUUUCAGUUGCAGAAAGCUGUAACCCACCCACAACACAGACAUGCCAGUGGUACUCAGUACCUCUUGUAUAUAGGUUAUUGCAAAUAUUAUUCUGAAAAUGCUUAACUUCAGAAUUACAUUUUUAAAAGUAAAUAAUUGUUUUAAAUCUAUUUUGUAAAGAUAUAAAAACAAUAGAAUUUCUGGAGUACAGAUUGAACUAUUUGCACUAACACACGUGAUGUGCAUGAUUUAAUAAAAUAACUUUACUCUCCCUA